UACAGACAAAUUCAAAAUGUCUUUCGAUUUAAAUCAUAAGUACUGGGUUUCCACCAGAAAGGAUAUUGCCCAGCUUAUUAAAAAGCAGAAUCGUUUGAAAAAAAUUGCACCACCCGGCGAGAAGGCAGUUUCCUUUAAAAUAUUCGCUGAACUUUAUGUUCUAUAUGUUGAGCUGGUGGCGAAGCUAGGUUUCAUUUACCACCAUACCUUCCAAGUGCAAAAGCGAGCUGUGGUGCGAACCCUUGUUGAAAGUGCCACCCAGCAGUUGAUGCAGCUCAAGGAGGAGCUGAAGGAGUUGGAGAUGAGCGAGUAUGUUUAUUUGGACAAGGCUUUGAUCGCCAGGAAACUGACACCCCGGGACUUGGUUAUAUGGAGAUCACCUCAGUUCCUCUAUCGCCGUCCACUAGAUAUUCAGAAUAUCAUUGCGGACAAUAGACUGUAUAUGAACGAUGUGGAAAAGGAGGAGAAGGCAGCCCAGGAUUUCGUACCUAUCACCGAAGCUAUCACGCUGAUUCAAGCCCAUGAGAGAGCGCGGCGAGCUCGUGUAUACAAAUCAAAUAUUAAGUACGAUAAAAAGAAGUUUCUCAAGGUGAUGCAGAGGAAAAAAAUCAACUAUCGGUUUACGUUCAAACCCGAUCAGGCAAUGAGUAUACCCGUUAAAAGGACUAUAUUCACAGCAGAUUUCAUUAAAAAUACAGAGGACUGCGAUUACUUGAGGACCAAGGAUGAUGUAGGGGAGGACAUGGCUGCUAUGAUGGAUGAGGAAGCUGAAAAUAUGAAAAGAAAUAGGGCAGCCACUGUUAUCCAAAGAUGGUGGAGGGGUUACAGGACCAGAAAAAUUGUCAAAAUAAAAAAACGAUUCAAAGAAGAGCUCUACGGUAUGAAAAAAAUGAGAAAACUCAAAAGACCGAACCAGAGAGCCGAUGCGGUCAUGGAAAUGUACAAACAUGAAAUGUUGAAGAGAAAACUAGACGAAGAUUAUGUCAACUUAAUUCUUGACGAACGGACUAGGCUAAUGCAAGUCCGUAGUCCCUGGAUGAUGGAGGAUAUAUCUGAUCAUAUUCGGGCUUGGUUCGCCGAAUUUUAUCAAAAGACACAGAAUUUUCAUCCCUACCCCGAUCCUGUUAAGAAGGGCACCGUAUUAGUGGUAAUCGAUGAAACCAUGACUCCUUUGGAGUUUCAGCAAACCUUGGGCAAGAAGCCACUGACCAAGGAGGAGAAGAAAAAGAUCAGGGAUAAGGAAAGAAAGGAUAAAAAAAAGAAGAGGGAGAAACUAAAGCUUAUAAAAAUGAAGGAAGCGAAACGCAGGAAGAAGCUAAGGGAUGCGGGAAUCAUCGACAUUGCCUUUGCAAUCGGUGAAAGCAAGCCUAUAAUUGCAAUCGAGGAAACAAUGAAAAAAUAUUCAGAAGACUGGAGGAACGUAGACGAGUAUUUAAAUAAAAACCAUGAUCCUAUCAAGGAAUGGGUUACCGAAGAUGAACUCUGCAAGAUCCAUCAGGAAGUCAGAGGUUUGGUAGACGAAUAUAUGAGGGUUGAAUAUGAAUUGCUACGUGAAGCUUUAGCUAAAGACAAUGAAGAAAAGUACACCCCUUUAAAGGUCAAAUAUCCAAAGAAGAAAAAGCAGAAGAAGAAGAAGAAGCCAAAGGACCCAACCGGUGACAGGACUUUGGAUUCCUUGUACAACGAAUUAAAGGACGGGGGCAUUAUUGAGGAAGUUUCGACGAAGGAUUUCGAUGAAUUCAUCGCAGACUUUAACUUUGUGGCCGAUGACACCCGAGAUGAGGAUGAUUUGACAACAUUGGGUCCGGCCAAGGGAGACAUUAAAAUGGUUAUCCAAGAGUCAAUGCUGGGCAUGGGCGAAUUUGAUAUUCCAAAACCGAAAUCUUUACUGCUUAUUGGUCCGUUGAAUAGUGGAAAGAAACUGCUCUGUAAUAUCAUUGCUUCAGAACUGGAUGCCGUGUUUAUGAACCUGAGUCCAGAAAAGACUUACAAAUAUGCCGAUGACCUAAAAUAUUUCCUGCAUCUUAUUUUGAAGGUCGCUAAGGCCUUCCAGCCCACCAUUAUGUAUAUAGAAGAAGCUCAUCGAUUAUUCUGGAGUAAAGUUCCACCGGAGGCUAAGGAUAUUAACCCAAGGCUUUUGGGCUCCUCUAUAGCUAGUAAAAUUCUAAAGCCUCUGAAAAAGAAUGAUAAAGUUGUACUCGUUGGUACGAGCAAUAUGCCGUGGUCGGCGAAAGGUGGCAUACGGAAGGCGUUCCAGAAAAUCUUACUCAUCCCGAGGUGCGACUACGGUACCAGCUUCUUAAUUUGGCUGGAACUGAUGACCGAAAAUUGUCCGGAUAAUAUGGCAGAAUAUGCUUAUUCUGCACUCGCAAGAGUUCUGCAAGCCUACAACUCCGGCGACAUCACCGACAACAUCAAGAACACAUUAAGUAUCGAGAGGAGAAUGCGACUGCAAACCGAUGCAUUGGAUCCCCAUGAGUUCCUGGAAUAUUUCAUAAAUGAGGAGCACCCACCUAUAUUCCCUAUAGAGGAUAAGUUUAUGGAAAAAUUCAACAAAUGGUUCGGCAGUUCCAAUAAAAUGAUGAAGUUAAGGAAGAGCUUUAUGGCCAAGAAGAACGCGAAAGCAAAGAAGUAAUAUGUAUUGUCCAAUUUGUAACUCAAUUUUUAAACUUUCUAUCCAAAUCACGAUGUAUUGUUAACAUUUUUAAACAAAUGCAAACUAUAUGAACAUAACUAUGUAAGUUGAAAUGAAAAUAAUAAAUUUGUAUAUAUAAA